AUGUCAAACUUUCAAUUUCAACGGGUCAGUGUUGAGUGUUUUUUGCAAAAUAAAAUAACAACUACGUAAUUUACGUAAAAAAUAUAGUGUAAUUUUGACUAAAACUAUGCUUGUAGUGUUUUAUGUGUGAUAAUUUCAUUUGUGUAUUGUGUCCUUAUUUGAAUAAUGGAUCCCUUCACUCAGCGUAUGCUUGAGCGUGCAAGAGCUAGGCAAGAGAAAAUUGAUCAAAAAUUAGCGAGUUCGGGGCAAACAGUCCCGAAACGGAAACCAUUAGCGGAGAACAUUCUAAACAAGAACAGUUCUCCUUCUAAAUCGCCACCGAAGAUCGUAAAAGAGUCUAUUGUAUCUCCGAACUCGAUAAGUGCUCAUAAAGAUCAGAUAAUACUGUCAACGCCUCAAAAAUCGAGGAACGACGUAGUGGUAACUAAGAGAGAGUUUAAAAGUCUAAAAAGCAGUGUCAAUCGCCGCAAUUCAGAUGUUUCUGUGGAGAUAAACAUCAGCCACAGGAACGACAUCCAGAUUGAAGUGCAGGUGGAGGAGAGGGACGCCCCAAUAAGCAUUACUUAUGACCCAGAAUGUUUGGGUGGCAGUAAUGUUGUUAUUAAGGAAAUUGACAACGACGCCUCCAAGGCAAUUCUGGACAAGGCAGAUGGCGAGCACGAAAUGAAGACUGAUCGAGCGGGGCUCCGCACCAACAUGAAGUCUCGGCUCGACAGGCUUGGCAACUUGUAUUCAGACAAGCCAAACCUCUCAUCGCCAAUUCACCGCACGGAGCAGCAGUUUCGUUCAGAGACCCCACCGACUGACGUCAAGGAAAUGAAGGUAGAUGGCAAGAGGAAGUUCGGAAGGCUGGCAGCCCUCGCUGACCAGAUCAACAACUGGGAAGAUGACCUCACGCAUCACACUUUUAACCAAGAACCACCAAAGAAGCAGUCAGAACGCGCGUACGGUGCGAAAGCCGACUGUAAACACAGCAAAGAAAAGCUGGACGCGUCCACACUGGACGUGUCCAUACACUCCAUCAGGGACAUCAACCAAGCGCUGCAAGGCACUACGACUAAGGCCAAACAGCCUACAUCAAAAACACAUAGUAACACCUACAUAAAGUCCUCCAACGAGUGCCAGCGGCUGAAGAAAGAAAUAGUUGCAGAACUGGAGAGCGCCGGCUACCGGCGGGUGUCCGCCAGCAAAUCGCGGCUCGUUUACGAUUUCACCGCGACGAAAACCGCCGAUCCCGCCCGACAGGAGCCGAAGUGCGCCCUGGCAACCCCCAGUGCAACUGCAGCCCCCAACAUGGCCACAUUGGUUGCGAACUCGCCGCCGGUUAACCCGGUCACGAAAAAGCCUUCCAUCAAGAAGUAUCGAGCUCCGACACCGCCGAGCAAGCAGGAUGACUUUGACAGUGACAAAGACAAGGAGAAUAAUAUCGUGGAGAAAGAGGAGAAUGACAACGCAAGUGAUUGUGUACAAACAAAGCCGGAGGUGCCUGACAAGCCGGUGAUCGCGUCGCCGCUCAAAAAAUUGGCUCCGAAAUUGAACGGAAAUGUCGAUAGGAAUUCUGUGCUGUCCCGAGCGGCGAUGUUUGAGGCCGGGAGCCCGAGGGCGAAGGACCCGGCUGAGAUGUCGCUUAGGGAACGCAAGGCGCUUUUCGAGAAAAAUAAGGGCGCAGCGAUCGUCCCUAAAGCGCCCUUCGGAAUGGCCCCCUCGGUCAAAACUCUGCACGGCGAUAAAGAACCGCCAAAGCCGAUAAAACCGGUGCAAACCAGCACUAAAUCAACUCCGACGAAAUCGAGCAACACCUCUUCGAAUAGUUCUAGAACAAAUUCGAAGGAGACCGUAGCUGAGGACAACAUCAGCCAAAGUUCUGUUGGCGGAGGCAUUAAGGACAAGCUGGCGGCGUUGUUUAACAAGGAGCAGACGAUAAGCGAGAGUACGAUAACUAAUAAGUUCAAGCAGGAGAGAGAGAAAGAGAUGGAGAUGUUGCAGAGUAGAUUCCAUUAUAAGCCUAAACAACAUAAACCCGACGACCACCCCAGCGAGUCUGACGACGACCAAGACCAUGACCCCUCAGAGAAAGUACCUCUCAUGGGCAGCACGACCAGUCUUUCGUUGGCCAGCAAGAAACCCGAGAUCAUUGCAAACAUUCCCAAAGUGCACGAAGGUCAUAGAGAUGUUAGACACGAGGAUGACAAAGUUAUUGGAGCGCAACCGGUUAAAAGACGAAGUUCACAAUCUCAUGAUUCGCCAAUAGUACUAUCCGUAUUAGACGAUGUGAAAAGGAUAAAAGUGAAUAACAAUAAAAAGGAAUCCAAUACGAACGGCGCAGUCCUACAACAGCCCACCAGCCUCUACCCGCAUUUGUCUGACAUAGAAACUGACACAUCACACACACAGGAGGAAUACUCUGACUGCGGAGGCUCAAGCGAGGAGAAUGAAAACGAUAAGCUCAACAAAUCUGACAAUUGGGCAGAAACUUCAUUUGGACGGGAAGUUAUGAACGUGGUAAAGAAAAACAAUACGAGCUACAAGAAAGCCGUGCGAGAGAGCAAUUCAGACAGUUCUCAAAGCGCGUGUGACAGCGAGUUGGACGAGAUGCUCGACGAAGCGCUCGACGACAGCGAAGGACCCACACCGCCUAAAGUUAAUAAGAACGGUAGUUUAUCGUCAACAAGUUUCGUGUACAAGGAGAAGUCACAGUUCAAGUCGCCGAUCAAGCCGCAGCCGGCGACGCCGGCACGCGACCGCGGCGCUGAGUUGGUGCACAGCGUCAGCUUCUAUAGAAGGAUGCAAGCGUCGACGACUCCAUCAACUCCAAUGCGCCAAAUCCGCCAUCAAUCCCCGGAGCGCGACAUCCCCCCCACCCCGGAACCCGCGGCGCAGGUCACCACUGUCCGGCAAAGGAUAAAGGAGUUGCAGGCGGAAAUAGCUAAACAACAGACUAUUAUUUCACAGGCCAGUCAAGCUUUGAAUCUGUGUGCGGCUACGAUCGAGUUCAGCGGCUCCACGGAACAGGCGGAGGGGGAAAGACUUCUGCUUUUAGCAAGCCACCGGCGCCAGGCGUGCGUGCAAGAGGUGCAGCGGCUGCAGGUGGAGGGCGCAGGCCCGGCCUCCGCCCCCGGCACGGCCUCGCUGCGCAUCGCCAGCCUCUCCGCGCCGCUGCGCAGGGACUACGUGCGGCAGCUCAACGCUGACGGGGCAGUGGGUCACCACGCGGUGUGCCUGGUGAAGUGCCGCGACCGCGUGCUGGCCACCAGCAUGCAGCUCACGCAGCCCGCCUCUGCGCUGCUGCGCUUCCCCGACGAGAUACUGAUGGACGGGCUCACCAGCGACUUUAAGGUGACUGUCGAGAUAUAUUUGUUGCAAGCAUCAAAGGAAAUUCUUCCUCAUGAGGUCAAGUACCACAUCACAAAUAAAAAGUCAUCGUCCAAGCUGCUGACGCCCCGUUCCAAAGUGUCGGAACUAAAAGUCGCCCGCGUGCAGAGCCCGGGCGGGCCGCUGGCGGUCCGAUCGACGCAUUUCUCACUUCACGGUUACUGCAUAUUCGCGCUGCAACACGCUUCGAGGAAAUCCUUCACUCUAAGCAAGGUCCCGUGCGGUAGUCCGCUGGAAGGGUCCGUGCAGCUGAGCAUGUCGGGGCGGCGCCUGCUGCCGGCGCCGGCGCCGCACGCCGCCUUCCUCACCGCCUUCGACGACGUCAGCGGGCUCGGCGCCUGGCACCGCCGCUGGCUGCGGCUGCAGCCGCCGCUGCUCUCCUACUGGAAGUACCCUGACGAUGUCAACAAGAAGCUGCCAAUCGGGGACAUAGACCUCACAACCGUCACAUCAGAGAAAGCCACCCGCGCUCCACGCGACCUCUGCGCCCGACCCAACACAAUCCUUCUAGAAACCUCCGUCCCCGCCGGCCUCAUUGUGCCGGAGCACGGCUCUCUCGUCUACUGCAAGAGGGAAGAUGGAACUGUCGUCAGGAGACAUUUACUGGCAGCCGAUACUCCGAAAGACAGGGACGUGUGGCUGGAUUGUAUCAAUCAAGCGCUCGAGUAUGUCAGGUGCAGUGUGCCUGAUGAGAAUUGAUCGAGAAAGAAUCGGAGAGUUGACGUCAUUGCUAUUUGUGAAAAUUCAGGCGUUUGUUUAUCAUCACAGUAUCACCGGACAAGGCAUGGAAAUUAUGGACUAGCUAUAUCUAUUCCAGAUUUCAUCAAAAUCGGUACAGCGGUUUAGCCGUGAAAGCGUGGCGUACUCUUUCGAAACGGAACAAUCUGUAUUGGAUUUAACACAAAAUCCUGUGCAUUUAUUGAUCAGAAAGAAGUUUUAAAAAAAUAUGUCAUUCUUGAAUCUAAUUCUUCAAGACAAGUAGAUAAAGUUCGUGUGAUGAAAUUUUGUACAUUGCUCGCAAUAUGUGUUUUUAUAAAUAAAACAAUUAUUUAAUUUGCAAUUAAGAAUGUUUAUGUCUGCAUAUUGAUAAUACAUUUUUAUCAUUGAAGUAUAUUACGUUUAAUUUUGACAUUGCUUUACUUGAAUAAGGCUGAAUUAUAUUAUAUAGUUUACGCUUCAUACUAUAUUUGAUAAGAAUUUGGCAGCGCCAACAUUUUUAAUUACAUGAGAAUUAUUGAUACGAAAACUGUACGUUUAUUUUUAAUAUAACACUAAGUUUGUAUUAUUAAUCUAUUAUUUUUUAUCCAUAGACUACAGUCGUUUCUAUAAAGAGUAGAAUAUGUUAUGUAACAUAGUAUCGUCGAGUAUCCCAUAACACAAGUCUCGAACUUACUUUGGGGCUAUCUCAAUCUGUGCGACUUGUCCCUAUAUAUUUAUUUAUUUAUUUAUAUUUAGUGUAACCAGCCAAAAGGACACAACACCCUCAUUUUCUACUCUACAUAUAGACAUACUGUAAAUAGUUUUAUAAUCUGUACCGUAUGUUUUGUGACGUCACAGAUCCGUCUAAGCAUGUCCGAACUCGUCUGAACUACAUUGUAGUUCGCAUACAAUUUAGUAAUAAGUACUUAGUUAAGGCCGAUUGGAAUUAAUACGAGUACAAAUAGUGCAUUAAAAUUUUAGCUAUAUUAUAAUGUUUUACUAAUAUACUUAACUGUGUAUUUUGAGGUAGAUGAACAGUUAUUUGCCGUUCUUUGAAAUGUCUUCGUCUUUCGUAUGAAAUGCAUGGUAAGCCUACCUGUUUCGGCGAUUUCCCGGUUUCUUCCUCAGCCGUUAAGUGCCGCAGCCCAGGGUUCCCUAAACGCACACUAUGAUGAUAUAUUUGUAUGUAAUAAUAAAAUUGCAUGCGUGCCUUGUUAUAAUGGUAGGUCUUUGUUUUUCCAUUUAUCUUUUAUUUAAUAGAUUAUAUAUAUUUUUAACUUAAACAUCGAAUUUAUAAGGAAUCACAAUUAUUUGAAUUAGUUUCAAAUAGUAUAAUUCUUUAUAAUAGACAUUUUCAGAUUAUUAUAUAUAUCAUAGUGUGCGUUGAAAUCUGAUAUAUUUUCCACAUAUGAAGACUAGAUUUAGUUCCACAAAACAAUAAUGGCAGGGUCGCCAUGUUUCUACAUCCAGUUUACAAUGUUUGUGGUUCGACGAUUCGUUUUUUAUUACGUUCAUAUUUCUUUUACGUUUUUGAUAAGAUCAUGUGUUUGUGUAUCAUUUAAACUUAAGUUUCAAAUAUGCAAUCAUGGCUUUGGUAUAUAUCUCUCAAUUAAACCUAUAUUUUAUGUAACAAACUUCAAACGUUUGAACAAAUUUUAUUGAAUUAAAUUCGCGCAUAAGCUACCUCGACAAAAAUAGACUCGCGUUUUAAAAAUACCGCAUUUAAAUCGGUUCAUUUGUUUGUGAGGUACACUGACACUGAUAGAAACACAUACACAUCUUGUUUACUUUUUGUUAAACUUGACCAAAUAUUCACUAAAAGUCACAUAAUUUAGUCAUGAUUGUAUACUUUGUAAUGCAAUUCUAACAUAGUAUUAAUAAAAUAUUGAAUUUAAUAUAGAUUUAACUGACCGCGUGUGCAGUAUGGUUUUCUUAAUUCUAAACCAAUUCUAUAGCAUGUAUAUAAAAUCAAUUUAUGACAAUAAAUUUAUUAUUAAGUU